AUGCCAUGGCCGCCAUGGGCCUUCUGGCGUCACGACCAACCCACCGCGUCAUCUACCAACGAUGACAAGCAAGACAGGAGCACCGUUGCUCCCAAACCAACCUCAUGGGCCACUCGCCUUAAUAAGACCGAAUGGACGACCACCCAGACCAUCCUAAUAGCCGGUGUCACCACCGCAACAACCCUCGCCUUCCUCCGCUUCUACAAGACUCACAUCCGCCGCGUACCCAGCAUCUCCCACCUCAAACCUGGAGCCCUCCGCAAUCGCAGCUUCUACGGCCUCGUCACCCGCGUUGGCGAUGGAGACAACUUCCACCUCUAUCAUACCCCCGGCGGUCGGCUCAUGGGCUGGGGCUGGGCGCCUCGUCGAAGAGUCAAAGAUAUUAUGGAGCGCGCGAAAGCGAAGGGGACGCAGACGAUGCACGUUCGUAUUGCAGGGAUAGACGCGCCGGAGAUGGCACACUUUGGGCGCCCGGAGCAGCCGUGGGCAAAGGAGGCGUUGGAAUGGCUGAAAGGAUGGAUUGGAGGGAGGUAUGUCAGGGUGUAUCCAUUCCGGCAGGACCAGUACGAGAGGGUGGUAGCUUCGGUGUACCGACGGAGAUGGGGCGUGUGGAAGCAGGAUGUGGGCUUGGUGAUGCUGAAGAGGGGCUUGGCGACGGUGUAUGAAGCGAAGAGGGGAAGUGAGUUUGGAGAUCAGGAGGAGGUGUAUCGCGCUGCUGAGCUAAGGGCGAAGCAGAAGGGAGUCGGGAUGUGGCAGGACCAGGGCCUGAUCAAUCGUCUACUUGGCCGUAAAGGGAGCUCUGAGAGUCCUAGGGAAUACAAGACGAGGAUGGCGCAGCAGGAGAAGAAUGGCAAAAGCGCAGACAUGGCUAAGUGA